AUGACCUACCGCCAAGCAUUCAGCGCCUUCUACGCGCGCAACUUUGAACGUCGUCCCUGGGUCACGCUCGCCGUCACCAACGGCGUUCUCGGCGUAGUAGCAGACGGAGCAGCCCAAACGCUCGAACGCAUCAGUCAGGCACAAUCACAGCAGCAGCAGCAUGAACAAGACUCGACGAGAGAAAAGAUCGCAUCAACACUAGCGGCGCACGGCAGCUCGGAAUGGGACUGGUCGAGAUCAGGCCGGUUCUUGGCGUUCAACGUUGGCAUGGCGCCACUAUUGGCAGAGUGGAACAAGUUUUUGGAGUUCAGGUUCCCGCUGAGGAGUGCUGUGUCGGCGGGGGCGGCCGGUGCAGCAUCGACACUGGGCAAAGUGAGCUUGCGAGCAUUGGCUAAUCGAGUGGCCAUGGAUCAGCUGCUAUUCGCACCCAUCGGUCUCGCGCUCUUCACCGGCAGCAUGGGCUACAUGGAGCGCGGCAGCAUCGACGGCGUCCAGGCCAAGUUUGGCGAAAUGUACAUCCCUGCCCUGCUCGCAAACUGGCAGCUCUGGCCGCUCGUCCAGCUGGUCAACUUCCGCUACAUGCCCCUCAAAUACCGAGUGCCCUUCGUCUCGGCCGUCGGCAUCUUGUGGAACAUCGGCCUCUCGCUCCUCUCGCAAUCCACACGGCCCAAACCACAAACUCACACUCCCAAGCUCACAGAGGCUCAGGCCAUCCAGCUGAGCACCCCAAGCCCGGCAAAGCCAGCCUAG